UAUUUUCCAGGUUGUUUCCUCCUGACUAGAUCCUUACUUGUGUUGUAUCUACUCCCAAAUGUAUGGCGCUUUGGAAAAUUGUAGAACUGUAAUGAUAAGAUAAGGUAAGACAACAUAACAUAAGAUACGAUUUUAAGACUAUAUUGAUUGCACAGUGGGAAAGUUCACCAGUACAGCAACUCAAAAGACAGGGAUAUGAGGGCAGUAAAAGAAUAUAUUAAAAACACAGUGCAAAAACUGCAGAGAACAUUAAGUAGACAAGAUGAAAAUGUUUCAAGAACACCACAUUCAAGAAGAUGAAGUUGUAACAAUUAUUGCACAGAAGUCAGUGGAAUGUGUAUGUAAAUAAAGUGCAGCAGCAAAUGAGGUAGACCAGUGAAGUUAUAAUGGCCACAUUUACAUGAAGUUUUUAAAUUUGGAAUUAUUAAUUCAGAAUUAACUCAUUCGGAAUCAGAGUUUUGUGCUUUGCAUUUACAUGGAAAUAUUAAUUCUGAAUUAUGGUUUACAUGGACCGCACAUUUAUUCCCCUUCCUUAAUUCUGCUUUAACGCUUGGGCGUUGGAAAGGAUUCUGAUUGGACAGGGAGUGGACGUGACGUAUCCCUGUUUACCAGAAGAAAACAAACUCCAUUUGCCGCAGCAUUUCUUUCCCCCAACAACAUGGAGGAACAACUAUUAAGCACGCUCUUUGCUUUGCUUUUUAUUGUUGUUUUGAAACAGCAACUUGACAAUGGCAUACUAUUUCUAUUGCAUCUUACAAGAAUGUGCUCACGUCAGUAAGGUCGCACAACAUGUACGUCACUACAUCAUCGCUACGUGAGGAGCCAAGCAUGCACAGAAUGACCGGAAUUAACUAAAGCGGAAUUAACUGUACACAUGAAUAGAACGUACACAGGAAUUAGUUUAUUCGGAAUUAACAUUGGAAUAAACCAGGUAGUUUAUUUAGAAGUUUAUUCGGAAUUAACUUUUUAAUUCGUAAUUAACUGUUUACAAGGAUAUUUUAAAGUGGAAUUAACUUUAAUUCCGAAUUAAAGAGGAAUUAAAGGUUUCAUGUAAACUUGACCAAUAAGGCAUUGUACAUUGUGACUGAUGUAGGGAUGAAUGACUUGUGGAAACGCUCCUUAUUAACCUUAGGGUGUAUUAGUCUGUCACUGAACAACAAUAAAUUCAAAAUGGAAGCCCAGGGCCCACAAAACGGUUCUUUGAGGAACUUUGUAAAGGAUUCAUUAAGAAACCAUUUCUAACUCGAAAGAAACCAUUUCUAUCUCAAAAGAAACUAUUUCUGACUCAAUAGAAACCAUUUCUAACUCAAUAAAGUCCCUCCACAAUGUCCAUGUUGAUGAAUCUGGUCCAAACAGUGCAGCAGUCUGUGGCUCUGCUGUAAACACUUUCAUCAUCAGUUGGAACGCACAUAAGGAACCAGUUUGAAUGAGUCCAGGCUGCAUCCUGCUUAAAUUUAAACCAUCUCUUGUUCUCCUCACUACCAGUAAAUCUGAUAAGCUCCUCAUGAAUAAGGUGAUGAGCUCCUCCCUCCUCCGGUCCGCGGCUCUCCGCCCCCGCUCGUCCCGUUGAAUUCCUGCUGCCUGGCAUCAGGUUCCCGGGGGAGAGAGGGCGGAGAGUUGGCCACGAACUCUGUAACACAAGUAACAGUAAGCAGGCAAGGUCGGGACAAACUGGAGAAGUCGUUUGACUGAAACUCUAGAGAAGACUUGGCUCUAAAUAAACGCAGCCCUGACUGAGCGGAACCGGAGGGCAGCUGUCAUGAACCGUGACCGGAAAUCUGGAGCGAGUCAGGCGGGCGUGUAUUAGACACCGACCUGUGGUUCUCCAGCUCCAAGUGCGUCUUUACAGCGACUCUUCCGAUGGCGGAGAGGCGGACCAGACGUGGGACCGGCUCGGAUCUGAGCAGGACCACGGCGGCCAGGGCUGCUGCUAUAGCCGAGCAGCUGCACCAUGAAUGCUCCAUCCUCCUGGAGCUCUAUAGGAAGACGGAGAACUUUCCUGCAGAUGUUGCCGACAGUCGUCUGGUGUCCGUCCCUCCUCCUUCCUCCCAGUUGGACACCAGAGACAAGCUGUGGCGCCUCCACUCGGCUUUGCUACAGUGCCGCACCUUGCUGGAGAGAGCGAUCGCUAAAGAGGAAGAAGAGCUGGGCGGCGGGAAGAAGGGUGAGUACGAGAACCAGAAGAAGAUGGUGAAAGAAAGGCUGUCACUUCUCCUAAUCAACACUGGAGAGCUGCUCAAAGCUGCUGAUGGACCUGCCGUCCUGACUCCCAGCUUGGAGGGCUUAGAGUUAAACGGGCCGACCAUUCUGUUUGAACUGAAGCUUUGGGUGUACCGGAUCUUCAAAGAGGUGGACUACUGGACCAAGAUGACCAUCACCACCUUGAAAGGCCUGCCGUCAGUCAUCGUUAAAGAGUCAGCGAGGACCACGCGAGCCAGGAGAAGCACUUGGAGAUGAGAUGUGAGAAGGCUGUACGGGUGAUGAGGAAUAGAAAGAGGGUCAGAAAGGUCAGGGGGAAAAUAAAAUAGAAAAUAAAACAGCAGAGGGAAGGAGUGAAGGGGAUAACAGGCAAAUGUGAGAAACUGACUGAUGUGGAGAGAAAAAGAAACAGAUGAGUUAUAAUAGCCAGAUGGGAGCAACACAGAUCCCUACUGCCACAGGGAGAGGAGUUAAUUGGGCUGUGAUUAUGAACAGAGGGCUCAAAUAGAGAGAGAGAAAGACACAUGACCAUGACAUUUGUUGGAACAAGUUUAUUUUAGGUGUGGCAGAGUCUUCAUACAUAUUUAUUGUUUAAGAUGAAAUCUUAACAUUCAGUGUUGAAAGAUAUAGUUUUUCUGUCUUGCUUUCUUUCUUUCCAUUUUGAUACCGAGUUAUCAAAACAUGAUUAAUGCUAAGUGAAAACAAAGAUGCUGCCUCUACUUAGCUUUUCCAUCAUCGAACUCAUUUAUUUUAAAUGCACUGCCCGGAUUCAAUGCAGCUGACACAAUGCGCGUUCAGCAAGGGGCACUUUCUCCUGAACGUGCAUUCAAUUUUGUGUGUAGUUUUGAGAACUGUGGCUUUCUGUCACAGCAUAUAGACUGUUACCUGAGAAUGUCAAGUGCAUGAAGGAAAAACAUGUGUAACAGCACCCUCUAGUGUUUACAUAGUGCUAUUACUUAUAUUUCUUCCUUCCUUUCUUUUUUGAUUUUCCUCCGUGACACUCAUUAUUCCAAAGUAUCCUGUGUUCUUAUGCUUUUCUUAUGUUUUAGAGGAUUUAUUUUGCAAAUAAAUCACAUAAAACCGCAUCAGAAGAAGCAAUAGUCCACCCUCUUCGGUGAUGAAAGAAAAUUCUCUUUAAAGGGAAUUUCAUAAAUUUGGGGUAAGUGUUUUGGAGAUUUUUUUUACAAGUUUUAUCAACAGGCCAUGCUAAACAGUUCAACAAAAGGGAUACAAAAUUCAUGCUCUGCAUCUCACAAUGGUCGAUAUAAACACAAAUUUUUGACUGCGUCUGAAUUCACGUAUCUAUUGGACAGCUGCAAAAAUCAGGAUACUAAUUGGUUAAAUUGUGAUCCUGCACAGAAUUGAACCUCACCUACUACUUCUACCUGUCAGUCUAAUCUGAGCUGUGGUACUAAUUAAAUUAGCCUCAACCAAAGACUAACGAUUGUCUAUAAAGAUGCAUGAAGCUUUAGAGUAAGAAAAAGAGAAGAUAAUGUAAAUGGUAUUGGAUCCUAGAUAAGCAGUAAGAUUUGCGAAAAUGUGCAGCACAAAGAAGUCGAAGAAGUAACGGAAGAGCAUCUGUAUGAAUCGGGUUUAUAUGUUUAUAUAUGAAAGCAGGCAAACCUGUGCUUUGUUUGUGUUUUAAAGAAUGAGGGACCAUUUAUAUUUUAAGUUUGUUAUGCAGAUUUUAUUCAUUUAAUAUAUGUCUUGCUGUAUUGUAACAUUACUGUCGGUAGGUGCACUGGGAGUGACACAUAUUACUCCGAAGUCUUUUCAGGCUUCUCAAAAUCUGAACGCUGGUACUGAGAUAAGACACAAAUGUAUUUGGUCAGUUGGGCUUAGUUGCCAUCUUUGAUUUAGAAAGAGCAAACAUGAUUUGUGAGAAAAUGGAGCUACUGUACAUGUACAGUUAUACACUCAACUUUCACUAAGUGCUCAAUGAGAAUACAUCCUCCUGCAUCUAAUUCUAUCUAAAUAUCUCGUAACACUUUGGAGUGCAGCACCUUUUAAUGUGAUUCACUGUAAAUGCAAUACGGCGUGCACUGUUUUUGUUGUACUGUGUAUGGGUUGUUUGGGUUGCUUGUUAUAUUCCCUCAUGUUCUUUUUUUUUACCUACCUUUGGUGAUGUUGCUGCUGGACUUCACAUCUGACUUUUCUUUUUAGGCUCCAUUAUCUGUUUCGAGUUCAUAAAGUUCUUGUUAAAGUUGAUACAAGUUAGGCCAUAAAUGAAAUGAAAAAUGAAUAAAAGUAGCAUUGGGUUGUGAGGGGUGCAUGAUAUUGAAUUUCACUGAUAUCUGAUUUUACAGCUUUGACAGGUUGUCAAUACUGAUAUGUGCGCAUACACUGCCUGUCCAAAAAAAGUUGCCAUUUGGAUUUAACUAAGCAAAUAGGUGAGAGCCUUUCAUUGGAUAAUUACUGCAGUGAUGAAUACGUAUCAGCUGCAACAACUUAUUUAAUCCUAGCUGAUGCAGUGAGGAGCUUUGCAUUUCAUAAACAACCGUGUAGGAAGACAUAUCCUGUGGUCAUGGAAAGGAUGUUGAUCUGUUUCAGAAGGGUCAAAUUAUUGGAGUGAUCCACUCAUUCUCAAUGUGAGCCCCAUGAAUCCUGCCAUCGUCAUCUUGGAACAUGUCCAUGCUAUCAGGGAAGAAGUUCUUCCCCUAUUCUAAGUUUUCUAGGUAGCAUAAAGAUUGGACUCUGGAGCAAUGAAAGAAGGUCAUAUGGUCUGAUGAGUCCCGAUUUAUCCUGUUCCAAAGUGAUGGGCGCAUCAGGGUAAGAAGAGAGGCAGAUGAAAUGAUGAACUCAUCAUGGCUAGUGCCUACAAGUCUGUGGGGGUUAGAGUUAUGAUCUGAGGUUGGUCAGGUUCAGCAACAUUAUGUUCCCCAAGAAUGAGGUCAGCUGACUACCUGAAUAUACUGAAUGACCAGGUCUUUACAUCAGUGGAGUUUUUCUUCCCUGAUGGCAUGGGCAUGUUCCAAGAUGAUGAUUCCAGGAUUCAUGGGGUUCACAUUGAGAAUGAGUGGAUCAGGGAGCAUGAGACGUCAUUUUCACCAUGGAUUGAUCUCCACAGAGUCCAGACCUCAGCUCCAUUGAGAGUCUUAAGGAUGUUCUGGAGAAGACUUUGUCCGACUCUCCCAUCAUCAAUAUACACACGUGGACAAAAUUGUUGGUACCCCUCAGUUAAAGAAGGAAAAACCCACAAUUCUCACUGAAAUCACUUGAAACUCACAAAAGUAACAAUAAAUUAAAAUUUAUUGAAAAUUAAAUAAUCAAAAUCAGCCAUCACUUUUGAAUUGUUGAUUAACAUAAUUAUUUAAAAAACAAACUAAUGAAAUAGGGCUGGACAAAAAUGAUGGUACCCAUAACUUAAUAUUUUGUUGCACAACCUUUUGAGGCAAUCACUGCAAUUAAACGAUUUCUGUAUUUGUCAAUGAGCGUUCUGCAGCUGUCAACAGGUAUUUUGGCCCACUCCUCAUGAGCAAACAGCUCCAGUUGUCUCAGGUUUGAUGGGUGUCUUCUCCAAAUGGCAUGUUUCAGCUCCUUCCACAUAUGUUCAAUGGGAUUCAGAUCUGGGCUCAUAGAAGGCCACUUUAGAAUAGUCCAACGCUUUUCUCUCAGCCAUUCUUGGGUGUUUUUGGCUGUGUGUUUUGGAUCGUUGUCCUGUUGGAAGACCCAUGACCUGCGACUGAGACCAAGCUUUCUGACACUAGGCAGCACAUUUCUCUCCAGAAUGCCUUGAUAGUCUUCAGAUUUCAUCGUACCUUGCACACUUUCAAGACACCCUGUGCCAGAUGCAGCAAAGCAGCCCCAAAACAUUACUGAGCCUCCUCCAUGUUUCACCGUAGGGACAGUGUUCUUUUCUUCAUAUGCUUGGUUUUUGAGUCUAUGAACAUAGAGUUGAUGUGCCUUACCAAAAAGCUCCAGUUUGGUCUCAUCUGUCCAAAGGACAUUCUCCCAGAAGCUUUGUGGCUUGUCAACAUGCAUUUUUGCAAAUUCCAGUCUGGCUUUUUUAUGAGUUUUUUUCAGCAGUGGUGUCCUCCUUGGUCGUCUCCCAUGAAGUCCACUUUGGCUCAAACAACGACGAAUGGUGCGAUCUGACACUGAUGUACCUUGGCCUUGGAGUUCACCUUUAAUUUCUUUGGAGGUUGCUCUGGGCUCUUUGGAUACAAUUCCAACGAUCCGUCUCUUCAAUUUGUCAUCAAUUUUCCUCUUGCGGCCACGUCCAGGGAGGUUGGCUACUGUCCCGUGGGUCUUGAACUUCUGAAUAAUAUGAGCCACUGUUGUCACAGGAACUUCAAGCUGUUUAGAGAUGGUCUUAUAGCCUUUACCUUUAAGAUGUUAGUCUAUAAUUUUUUUUCGGAUGUCCUGGGACAAUUCUCUCCUUCGCUUUCUGUUGUCCAUGUUCAGUGUGGUACACACCUUUUCACCAAACAGCAGGGUGACUACUUGUCUCCCUUUAAAUAGGCAGACUGACUGAUUAUGAGUUUGGAAACACCUGUGAUGUCAAUUAAAUGACACACCUGAGUUAAUCAUGUCACUCUGGUCAAAUAGUUUUCAAUCUUUUAUAGAGGUACCAUCAUUUUUGUCCAGGCCUGUUUCAUUAGUUUGUUUUUUUAAAUAAUUAUGUUAAUCAACAAUUCAAAAGUAAUGGCUGUUUUUGAUUAUUUAAUUUUCAAUAAAUUUUUAUUUAUUGUUAUUUUUGUGAGUUUCAAGUGAUUUCAGUGAGAAUUGUGGGUUUUUCCUUCUUUAACUGAGGGGUACCAACAAUUUUGUCCACGUGUGUAAGAUCUUAAAUAAAUGCUGUGACAUUGCAGAAGCUUAUCGAAACGAGGCUACGGCAAAUGAGUGUCAUUUUCAGAGCUAAAGGCGAUCCAAUGAAAUACGAGAGUGUGCAACUUUUUUUUUUUUUUUGGAUAGGCAUUGUAUUUUUUCCACUUAAUUGCAGAGAACAUCAAGUCUGUCCUGUAGUGAAAUAAUAUUCUAUUAUACCCACUUUUAUGGGGUUGGCAGAUUGGCAAGUGCUGACAUAAAAUACAGUGCUUUUCAAAUGUACUCAUUCACUCUGCAAAACAACAAAUAUAAAUUAUCCAGAAUCUAUUUUUAUACAAGAUUUUCCAACCAAAGUUCAGCUAAAGUAACACAUUCUUGAAUUUAGAUAGCAGACAUUAGAAAAAGCUAAUUUUAAUAUUGUUAAAGUCAGUUUUCUUGCUGCUUAGUGGCAUUUUACUGAUAAGUAUUUUAGCAGUUUCAGGCUCCAAUGGCUUCAUAUUAUGAACCUCUGUUCUGGUGUUUGUGCUGCACAUAUCUGUCAGUCAUGUAUUGACCUACACAGAUCUCUGCCACUAUCACUCUGUCCAUUUCCUACAGAUCCCAGGAAAGCAAUGUGGUUAAAUUCUUGUCAAACCAAAUGUUUUGUUUUUGUAUGCCCUAGAGAUGGGUUGUUUUCACAACUAUUUUUUAUGUUAUACUUAUAUCAUUCUACCUUCUUGAUAGUUUGUUACACCACCAGGUCUCUUUUGACGUUUGCUGUAGGGAGACUUAGCUGUAGGCAAAUGGGCCGAAGCACAAAGGGAGGAUCAGGUUUCCAUUGCAUCUGUAUAAGCAGCAAUUAUAUUAUAGGGAAACUGGCUCGUUCAUUAGAGUGGACACAACAAUAGUGGGAUUUGCACAUUGUAAACACUGUAUGAUCAACGGCCUUAUCAUAAAGAAUGUAUAAUUAACCUUUAUCCACGGUGGCCUUCCAAAUGUAUUGAUUAACCUAUGAAUUGUUUCGUUGUCAUUGCCUUUUAUCUUUGGCGUUUAUGGUCAAACAACAGUCCCUGACUAGUAACUGUGGCUUUAUCUGUGCAGGAUUUGUCUUGGAUAUACUUUUGUCCCUUGAUAAAAUGUUUAAACCAGAGAGUACAGUCACUGAAGCCAGAUCUAAUUUUGCUUUGGGCUUCUUUGUAUUUCCCCACAUCACCAUCACUGUAGUCAAAAAGUCUCCUUGGUGUCCCAGAUUGAAUUUGACUUUUGAAAUAAAAACUAUCAUGUCUUGAA